AAACCUUGUAGACGAUAAUUUUGAAAACGAUUUUUUACCUUUAUCACCAGAAACUCUCGUGAAUGAUAGUUGUGAUAGUUACAACCCUAAAUUGUCUCUACCCAAUAAUUUGGAUGAAGAGAAUAACAAAAAUUGUCUUAGUGGUCGAAGAAUUAUUAAUAUUGACUACUUUUUAAAAAGUUUACAAUCAAUUAAACAUGAAUCAUUCAAUUGUAGUAUUCAAAAUCUUGCCUUUAAAUCAGAAAUAAAAAAAGGAUUUUUUUCUGAAUUUCAUUUUGAAUGCAACCUAUGCAGAAAAAAAGAAGUAAUUUUUUCCGAACAUCCAGACAAAAGUGAAUCUUUGUCUAUUAACGCUGCAAUUGUUACUGCAAUAGUAAAUACUGGUCAAGGAUUUACAAACUUAGAACAAUUUUCAUCCAUAUUAGAUAUGCCAUGUAUGAGUAAUAAGACCUAUCAAAAAUACCAUCAGUUUUUAUCCAAACAAACCGAAAAUACAGCGUGGGAAUCUAUUGAGCUGGCUGGUGAGGAAGAAGCAAGACUUGCUGUUGAAAAUGGUGACAUAAAUUGUGAUGGUAUUCCUAUGAUCACUGUUGUGGCAGAUGGUGCCUGGUCGAAACGAUCUUAUAAACAUAAUUACAACGCACCAUCUGGUGUUGCAUGUAUUGUUGGUUACCGAACAAAAAAGGUAUUGUUUAUUGGAGUUCGCAAUAAAUAUUGCAGUAUUUGUCAAAAAGCUUGUGCAAAUAAUAAAGACCCACCUGUACAUUUGUGUUACAAAAAUUGGAAUGGUACUAGUACAGCGAUGGAAGCUGAUAUAAUAGUUGAGGGUUUUCGCCAGAGUAUUCCAAUGCACAAUAUAAUUUACCACAAACUUAUUGGGGAUGGAGAUUCUAGUGUUUUAAAAAAAAUAAUUUUAGCAAAACCCUAUGGCAAUGACUUAGAUGUAAAAAAGAUUGAAUGUGCCAACCACAUACUCCGAAAUUAUCUAAAUAGACUAGUAGAUAUAGCGACUAAACGGAAAAGCUCUAGCGGUAGUGUUGUACCAGGAUUACUAAGAAAAAACUUAAAAGAAAAGCGAUUAAGACUGAGAUGUGCUGUGACAAACGCCAUUAAACAUCGUAUGAAAAUGGAUUGUCCUACAAAGUAUAAAGUUGCACUUUUAAAAGAAGAUAUAGAUAAUGGGCCAUAUCAUGUUUUUGGUUGUCAUGAUAAAUGUUCUAGUUAUUUUUGUUCUGGAAACAAACCAAGUGAAAUGAAUCUAAUUCCUGAAAUGGAACAAUGUGGUCUAUGGCAGGAUAUAAUUUCAGCGAAAAAUCUUGUUGCUCACCAUAGUGAAAGUUUAAUUUGUUUCGUAAACAAUAAUUGUGUGGAAAAUUACAAUAGUAUCGUAGCUAAGUAUACAGGGGGUAAACGAGUCAACUUUUCGUUAAGAGGAUCGUACCAGACUCGCUGUGCUACUGCUGUAACAGCAUAUAACUAUGGACCAUAUAUUCAACCAAAAGAAACAUUUCACAAGGGCCAGAUGAAGAUUAUGGAGCCGUUCAUACUGAGAGUGAAAUAA